AGACAAGCGAAGUAUCCAUGAACUAUCGCUCUGCCAUUCAAUGGGUUCAACCAAAUAACAUGGAAUAGAUUUGUCGGUAUCUUGCCAUUAACUAUGCAUCUAAGUGAAGAGAACUCAGAACUUGGUCAUUAGAAGAAUGUCUGCUAAUUUCGCUCUUUUAGAAAGCGAAAUUUUGUAAGUGGGCUGCUCAUUUUACAUCGAGCAGGAUUCAAGGAAGCAUAAUUCAAGUUCUUGUUUUCUAUUAGCAUAAGAAACACCUCUUUCGCCGAUAUGCCAAGUUCACAGAGAAGCUCGAGAGCUCCCAGCGUUGACCCAGAGUCAAUCAGUAUGGAAAUGAGGCCUCCCUCUCUGAUAAAGAAAGAAAGAUCGUUUUCUCAAGUUGACACUCGUCUGAAGAAAGGUUGUGUUCCCUUAUUCUUCGAACGCGCCUCUUCAAAUUGGUGGAAUCCACGAUUCGACUCUGAUAUAUUGGAAAAACAAUUUCAGAAAUUCACUUUUAGAAACAACAAACGACGAUUAAUUCGAGCAUUAACUUAUAUUCUUGUUGCCGUAGUGACUUGGGCGAUAUUUUUUGGAGCUUGUCACGAAGAUUACACACAUUGGUGGAAAAUACUUGUUGGUGACUUGGUCUUUGGUCUGUUGAUGGUCUCCAUCCUACUCUUUACCAACUUCAGUAAGUCUUACAGGAAAUAUGCAGCCAAGGUGUCGUUUUUUGCAGCCAUUUGUUUAUUAGCAGUUUCUCUCGCGACUCUGAGCUUCACUUCGGAGUUUUCAAACACGGCUCGUUUUUGCGUUUGCACAUGUUUCAUCAUGGUGAUAUACACCUUUUUUCACACGUUACGUCUAUACGUGUGUAUUUUUAUCACUGUCAUCUUUUCCAUGGCUCACGAAAUUUUGUUCAGGGAGCUUUCGAAAGAUCCACAUCGAUUGAAAGCGCGUUGGGAAGAAAUAGCCGGAAUUAUUCUACUUCACGCGUGUAUUCAUCUUGUUGGAUGUUCAAUAUUCUUCAUGGCUCAGGUUAGAGAAAGAAGCACUUUUUGGAAAGUGGGUCAGAGUGUUGUUGCACGUCGCGAUCUAGAGAUUGAAAAACAGGUGAAAGAAAGAAUGAUUCGCUCGGUUAUGCCCAAAGAAGUCGCCGAUAACUUGCUGAGUGUCGACGACGAAGAUGAAAAUAUGAAUCGGAAUGGGAAAGAGUCUGGAAAUGGGGGAAGAAAAAAGAAGAAAGCUAAGCUAGUAUUUCGUCCUUUCACAAUGCAUCGAAUGGAAAACGUGAGUAUUCUCUUUGCAGAUAUAGUUGGAUUUACAAAAAUGUCAUCAAAUAAGUCAGCCGAUCAGUUAGUGCGGUUGCUGAACGAUCUGUUUGGACGGUUUGAUCAAUUGACAGAGAUAAAUAACUGUGAAAAAAUUAGCACCUUGGGAGAUUGCUAUUACUGCGUUGCUGGUUGCCCUAAUCCCACCAAACAUCAUGCCAUAUACUGUGUAGAAAUGGGCCUUGACAUGCUUGAGCAAAUCAAAGAAUUUGAUAAAGACACUAAUAAUGAUGUUGAUAUGAGAGUGGGUGUACACACUGGGACAGUAUUGUGUGGUAUUGUCGGUACAAAACGUUUUAAGUUCGAUGUUUGGUCAAAUGAUGUUACUCUAGCCAAUCGCAUGGAGACUGCAGGACUUCCUGGUAAGGUUCACAUUACAGCUGAUACCCUGAGCUUUCUGAAUGAUCAGUAUAUCACUGAAGAUGGACAUGGUGAGGAUAGACAUCCAGGACUCAAGGGUAUUACCACAUACUUUAUCAAAGGACGUAAAAAUGGAAUGCAGAAACCUCAGUUUGAAGCAUCUACCAAGGCAGCUUCCCUUGGUGCUAGUACUAGCAGCAGCAGCAAUACACCCGGAAGUCCAAAACCUAAAAAACAUGUCAAAAUAUCUGAAGAUGUAUCUACUUCUGAACGCAACUUCAGUUCUAAUUCCAAUCUCUCAAAUCAGGAAGAAUCGGUGUUUGAAAACGGACCUCGCAAGGGAAAUUUGAAGAUGCGUGAUGAUAAGAUAGAACUAGAUUUCCUGAAUUCUGAUCCAGGAAAGAUUGAUGAAGAAGAAGAGAGCCGGCAUAAGAUGGUUGGCAAAGCUAUUGAAAGAGGAACAUCACAGCAACAAAUCCUUGGCAUUUCAUUCCCAGAAGCCCUGACAAGAGAUACCUUAAGGACAUCAAAUGACAGGCAGCUUGUUGAUUUAAUGAGUGAAAAAGGCAUUGGCGAUGAGUACUACCAUGCUGACUUUAACAGCCUAACACUGCAGUUCAAAAAUAAGAAAUUUGAAAGGCAAUACCAGAAUGAAGGACAAGACUGCACCUUGUUGAAUCCUUCAGUUACCACAUUUGCUUCACCAAAGGUGAAUUUUUUUACUGAUGUAUUGCUAUCAAACAUUGUUUACAUCAUUAUCAGCAUCUUGAGUUUUGUCCUAUUCAAACCGAUUCCACUAAGCAAAAUAAUACUGUUUCCUCUGGCACUGCUAGUUGAGGUCACAUUAUUUGUCUUGAAUUAUGCAAGAGCUUUUCCUCACAAAUUUCCUCAGUGGUUUCAUCCAUUGGUUCUUCACACCUCCGGCUGGUUUCCAAGUCAUCUUUUUGGAGCAAUAUUAAUGUGUUUACCAUUGGCUUCAGUGUUCUCUAAUUUCAUGGACUGUCAGAAAGUGGAAGACUCAAAUACUAGACAUUUCUUUACAUACAUUGUUGCUGUUGCAUUAUUACACUUCUGCAAUUUUACUCAGCUGACAUCAUGGAUGAAGACAGGUCUAGCAUUAGUAUUCAGUAUUAUAUAUGUAAUUCUUUUACAGUAUGAGGACUUCUGCACCUAUGAUUCGUCUUCUGGUACUGAAACUCAUCAUACRAAAAUGGCCAGGGAAGUAACAGUUGCAGUUAUUCUAUUGUGGUUCUUGGUAGCCCUUCUGAAUCAUCAGUUGGAAAUAGGAGUCAGGCGUAACUUCAGUGGUGAUGCCCAAGCUGCAAAAGAUAAACAAAAUUCGCAGACUCAUAAAGAACAAGUGGAUUUGCUUCUUUUUAGUCUCUUCCCAAAGCAUGUCUCUGAUGCACUCAAAGUUUCGGAUCACUAUUCAAGAAAUUAUGAUGAGGUGGGAGUAAUGUUUGCUUCUAUUGUUAACUUUGCUGAUUUUUACGAAGAAAACUUUGAAGGAGGAAAAGAAUGUAUUCGUGUACUCAAUGAACUUGUGGGAGAUUUUGAUGAGCUUUUGGAYAGUAUUGAAUUUUAUGAAGUAGAAAAAAUCAAGACAGUCAAUGGAUCAACCUUCAUGGCUGGUUCAGGACUUAAUACUGAGGGCCAAGUAAACAUAAAUGCACAUCCCAACGAACAUUUAAAGCAGCUUGUUGAAUUUGGACUUGAAAUGAUGAAUGUUGUGCAUAAAUUUAAUGAACACAUGCUUGGAUUUCAAUUCAUAUUACGGAUAGGAUACAAUGCAGGCCCUGUAACAGCUGGUGUUAUUGGCACAACCAAACUUCUGUAUGACAUAUGGGGCGAUACAGUUAACCUUGCAAGCCGAAUGGACUCUACUGGAGUUGCCUUCAGAAUCCAAGUCAGUGAAGCCACCAAGGACAAACUCAGUGACUUCUUCACCUUCUCUUUUCGAGGCACCAUACCAGUAAAAGGGAAAGGCUAUGUCACUACAUAUCUCUUAGAGGGAAGAAUUGAGGAAAGCAAGUCAAGUCAGUCAAAUCCAUCAAUUCACUCAGCUUCAAGCUAAACAAGACAUUGCACAAUUAACAUAAUGCAGUUUAAUCUCAAAGAUAAGUCAAUAGAAUGCAUUCAAUGUAUCCUUGAAAUGGCUUGCAGGCUAAAUUAGGCAAAUUACGUGUUGUAUUAAAUCUUGUAAUGUUUAAUUAUAGUGUAGUUUUCUUGGAUUUGCUAAUGUUUCACAGAUAUAAUAAAUGCAUUCUCACUGCAAGGUCAUCACAAUAAAUAGUGACAUUUUAAAUUAAAUAGUUGCAUGAGAACCUAAGUUAGCAAUAUCAUAUUACAAUCAAAAUGAAUUAAAUUUUAAAAUAAACAAUGCUUUGGGCACUAAAUUAACAUUGUGUUACAUGUAACUAGUUGAAAUUUUGCAUAAUCUUCAUUUUGAAAUGCAUGAAAACCUGUUCUUGUAAUGCUGAAAUGUAGUCUGCAGCUUUUAGUCCCUAUUUUGGGAGACUGUUGUUAGACUGAAAAUGCUGUUUAUUAAAUGUAAAAUGUCUAAUUUCUA